GGGGGGGAAGGAAAACAAUUUCUUCAUCUCGCGAUAGCAGCUCGCUGAAGCAGCCGCCAUAUUCUGUGACAGUAUUUUGAUUCGUAUCUGCUGGAAGUGAGGAAAAAGAAAAGUGAAGGGCUGCAGAGGGGAGGGGGGGCGAAGACGAGGAGCUGUCAAAAAGUUCUCUCGGAGUCUCUGUCAAACAGCAGAGGGCUGUGGCUCGGUUUGCCUCCGCUUCUUGCUUUUCCGAGGACACAGGCCCGGGGCCUCGGUGUUGUUAGCUCUUCUCCCAGUGAGCGCCCGGACCCCUUACGGCUUCUCCUCUCCCAGCUCCGCGGCCCUUCGGAGGUCCGGCGGCGGUCUCGGGUGUUGAAGGCGUCCCGGGGAGCGGCGGCAGCGGUGGAGACUGGAAGUUGAGAUGUUCAGGAUGAGGGUGGGAUUCUGCCACAGCUGAUGUUCCAGUCUGCUGACCUGAACAAGCGGUCCUGACCUGGCAACAUACGAAUGGCCCAGGGAAACCAGCAGAUUGACAUUCAGGUUUUGCACGACCUGCGCCAGAAGUUCCCUGAAGUCCCUGAAGGUGUCGUCUCUCAGUGUGUUUUGGAGUGCAACAACAAUCUGGAUGCCUGUUGUAAAUACUUGUCCCAGGUCAGUCCAGGCUACCUUUACAGUGACGCCAGCAGCCCCAGCUUCUCUGAGGACCCCAACUUGAAGCACAUGACCCAGCUGAACCUGGGCCUGCAGUCUCAGAAUGUGCAUGUGGCCCCAGACCGGGACGGCCUGAGAAUGAAUGGCAGCCGGACCCUGGCCCACAGCAUGAGCGACGGGCCCCUCCAGACAGGCCAGGCCCCCAGCAGUGACUUUUUCCAGCACGAGCCACAGUCCGCCCCGGUGCAGGUCCCCUCCACCCUCAACGUCUUCAGCGUGAUGGAGCCCACGCGUAAGGUGCAGCCCCCGCAGAACCUGGGGCUCUACACACUGGGAGCCAAAGGGCCGAGCGUGGGGCCACACCAGGCCCCCCGUUUCAACCCCAUCACAGUGACGCUUGCCCCAAACCUUCAAACAGGCCGCAACACCCCUGCCUCUUUGCACAUACACAGCGUGCCCCAGCAGGGCCUGGGCAGCCCUCAGGGCAACUCCAUCUUCAUCCGGCCGUACGUCAGCCAGUCCGGCUCGGGCCGGCAGAGCCAGCAGCCGAGUGGCCGUGCCCAGUACAGUCCCACUUCCCAGCCCCAGCAGCAGAUCUUCCAGAUCCACCCAUCACCCUCCCCCAGCCCGCGCCCUGCCCCCCAGCACACCUCUUCGCACACCUCAAGGACCUCUCACGUCUACAUGCCCAUCAGUUCCCCCACCAACCCGCAGGCACCUGCCAUUCCCCCCAGCGGUGGCGUGGCGGCAUCCUCCAGCGUGUCCUCCUGCCCCCCGUCCUCCUCCUCCUCCGCCCUGCCCUCCUCCCUGUCUGCCGUCAGCCAGUACAACAUCCAGAAUAUCUCCACCGGCCCCCGGAAGAACCAGAUUGAGAUCAAACUUGAAUCUCCUCAGCGGAGCAGCUCCACCACCGCCACAACGGUGCUGCGGGCGAGCGGCGGGCCCUGGUCUGCCUCCUCUUCCUCCUCUGGCUGCCCAUCCUCUUCCUCCUCUUCUACUGUCUCCAGCACCCCUCAGUCCAUCGGAGGGUCCGGCUCCAGCCGCAACCAGCCCACUGUUUACUUCUCAGCCAGCCCACCCACUGCUGCUAGUGCCCUUUCUGAGGAAGCCAUGGUGGCCUCGCUGGGGUCCCGCCCUCAGCCCAAGUUUUACAUUUCUGCCAGCGACGACAGCGGCAGCAGAAACCCUCCUACAGUCUACAUCUCAGCUAACCCUCAGAUCCAGGGGCCCUCGGUGGCCAGGACCAUGGGGGGCCAAGUGAGCAUGGGCCCCGCCUACAUUCACCACCAUCCGCCUAAGAGUCGGCCCUCUGUGGGAGGCGGAGGCACAGCAUCUUCGCCUCGCGUGGUAGUGACUCAACCCAACACCAAAUAUACCUUUAAAAUCACUGUGUCUCCUAACAAACCUCCAGCUGUGUCCCCUGGGGUUGUGUCCCCGACCUUUGAGCCCAACAACCUCCUCAGCCUGCCGCCGGACCACCACUUUGUGGAGCCGGAGCCCCUGCAUCUGUCUGAUCCGCUGUCACCGCACAGAGAGCGGCCAAGCGAGCCGCGCAGACUCAGCAUGGGUUCUGAUGAUGCAGCGUACACACAAGCUCUGCUGGUCCAUCAGAAAGCUCGAAUGGAGAGACUGUGGCACGAGUUGGAAAUGAAGAAGAAGAAGUUGGAGAAGCUAAAAGAGGAAGUGAAUGAAAUGGAGAAUGACCUGACCAGAAGAAGACUGCAGAGAUCCAACUCUGCCUCCCAAAUUCCUUCUAUCGAUGAAAUGAAGAAUCUGCGAUGCAAAAACAGAACGCUGCAGAUCGACAUCGACUGCCUCAGCAAAGAAAUUGAUCUCCUUCAAACAAAUGGACCACACUUAAAUCCAAGUGUAAUCCAUAAUUUUUAUGACAACAUUGGAUUCCUUGGUCCUGUCCCACCCAAACCCAAAGGUACUACAUCUGUCGACACAGGAAGUAAGAUUGUGAAGCCCAGCACAGAUCCAGAGGAGGAUGAGGGCAACCAUUGGAACUGCACAGCCUGCACCUUCCUCAACCAUCCCGCCCUCAACCGCUGUGAACAGUGUGACUUCCCGCGGCACUUCUGAGCCAACGGGGCGCCGCACCGUGCCCUGCCUCCGCACACCCUGACGUCUCGCAGGCUACAGUAGACCAGACUUUUUGAGUUUUCCUUUUGCUUUUGUGCGGCGAAAGAGAAAAACGGACAGCGGGCUGCGGUAGUGAAAGCAGAGCAGCCUCUUCUUCCUAGCUAUUAAUCGUCUUUCCUGUUCUCUGAGGGAGGUGUAAAGCUGUCCACCGAAGGCCUGACUGGACAGCGUAUACAGCUCCUGUUGGUUCCCAACAGUGGGAUGAUACCUCGCCUUAGAGACCGGGACUGUGUCUCGUUGGGCGACGCUUCGCUGCUUCCACUCACAGUAUUAUGAGCGUGGCCCCGCAGUGACGGCACACGCUCGCACAAACACUCCAGGUGCCGAUGUGCCUUUUCCUGAUCGUAUAUCUGAGUUGUUUCUUCCUCCGUGACGGCCUGACCUGGUGAUGGAACUGAGCUCAGCCGCCGAAGGUAAUCCUCUUGUGGACUUGAACGUUCGUUUCCCGUUGCUGCCAUGUUUCCAUGCUUAUUAAUGUCUCUCCAGCACCCCCUUUCUGUCUACGUAGUCACGACUCAAUGAAAAACAAGUUGCAUGCUUUAUGUACAGUACAUUGAAGCAGAAGCUCUCCUCGAGCUCCUUGCUGUACAUAAUUUUUAGAUUGUGCUUUUAAACCUUUUCUCCUCACACUAUGAAUCAUGUGUAUUUCCUGUAAUUAUAGCUUUAUAGACUUUAUCAACUAUUUUAUUUUUGUUUUCCUUAAACAGACAAGCACCAUGCUCCAUUUUUAAGCUUUUUACUUGAUUUGUGUGGGAGCAGAAGCUUUGCAGAAGGAGACGAGCAGAGCCGGUCAAAACCCUCACAGUCAUCACGAAGCUACACGUGUCGGUUGGUCCGUUCGUUGCUCGUGUAUUUGCUGAGUUUCCCGUGUACGAUCUGUUGACGUAAGGCGACGGAGGAGGAGUUCUUGUUUUUAUUUUUGUUUAUGUUCUUCAGGACAUAUUGGAGAUUUUGUGGGGUUGGGGAAGAAGAGCUGGGUUUAAAAAAAAAAAAAAAAAAGGAAAAAAUGACAAACUGCCAUCCUAUCUGACAACUGGAAUGUAGGAUUGAUGUUUGGGGAUAAACUACACCUCAGUGCGAAGAGACUCAUUUUGUAACGCACCAGGAUUGAUUUGGAGGAGCUCCUGGAAAACAUCUGAAGUUUCCAAGCAGACGUGAGUCUGAGUGGAGCUUCUGGUUUCAACCAACUGGUGAUGAAUUAAAACGUCUUUCCUCU